GGAAGAAAACGUACACCGAUGGCGGAUUAAUCUCGCUUUGCCGAAUAUUAUUUGUAUGUACGACCGCACUGAGAAUUGAACGGAUCACAAUGUGCGGACGAACGGGUCGAAACUGAACCAGGCAUCGUGGACGUUGAAAGUUUGAGGUUCGUACUAAAAGCGACCAAAGCUCAACGCGCCCAUCAGGCCCAUUAAAAGCCUCCCUGUCCCCGCGCCUAAAGCCCUCGCGUAGCUCACGAGCUGGGCGCUGGGCCAGGCCGCGCGCUGCGCCAGACCGGUGAGUUCCCACACAAAAUAUCGCUUGGUAGCACGGCGGGCACUCAAAGCCAACUAACCAUGUCUGUACAAAGUGUUGCUCUGGCAUCUCUCACGGCCACCUAUACCGACUCGGAGGGCGAGGACGGGGUGGAAGACGAGCGCCUGCAGGAGGAGAAUUCGAACACUCCCCAGGGGGCCGCCCCGCAUAAUGCCCAAGUCGGUCGUCAGCCCCAGGCCCGAUCUGGCACCAGUCCCAUAUCUGGAGGCCGUUCAGCCUCGCAUAGCCCCGCCGUCGGCAAGUCCGCCGGUAGUAGCGACUUGCCGGAAGCGGCCACAAAGGUGCAGCGAUUGGUCUCUUAUUUUGACGAUGCGGUAGUCUCCGACGAUGAGGGGGUGACCGCUGUUGUUGUGCCGCCGCCGCCGUCGGUGCCGUCGGUGCCGCCGUCAUCGUCGUUGAUGACGGCGGGCGCGGCAAUCGUCACGACGGUUGCGGAACGUCCCGAGGAGAACGGUCUCCCGGUCUCCGCGGUUGCCACUGGCAACGUUGCCACCGCCGCCGCCGCCGCUGCCGCCGCCGCCACCACCGUCGCUGCCGCCGUCGUCGCCGCUGUCGGCGGUGGUGCUGAGCGUCGGUCACCCUCCUCGCGUUCCGGAGAAUUGCUUUCAGAUAACGGCGGUGAGGACUCGUACGGUGUGACGAUACCGCCGGAACCGUCGGGCCAAUGUCCCGCCGAGCUGCAGGACAAGAUCGCGAGGCUGUAUAGGAAAAUGGAGAGCGGCGGGCUGGACAUGAAUAUGCUGAUUCAACAGCGCAAGGAGUUCCGGAAUCCCUCCAUUUACGAAAAACUUAUUCAGUUUUGUAGCAUUAACGAGCUGGGCACCAACUACCCGCCGGACAGGUUCGACCCGUUCAAGUGGAACAAGGACUCGUAUUACGAGGAGCUCGCCCUCGUGCAGAAGGCGGAGAUGGACAAGCUCGAGAAGGCGCGCAAGGAGAAGACGAAGAUCGAGAUCGUGUCCGGCACGGCUAAGCGGCCCAACAGCUCGUCCAGCGGCGCCGCCGCCGAGAAUGCCGAUGCCAAAAAACGAAAAAGUAAGUGGGACCAAGUGGCGACCGGCGGCGCCGCCGCCGCCGCCGCGGUCGCGGCUGCCGCUGCCGCUGCCGUCACCGCCAAACCCACGGUACUUCUCACGCAGCCCACUCUGACGACUCUCACGUCAUCCGGCACCAGCGCCAAACCCACCGUGUUAUCGGCCUUCGGCUCGCUGCCGAAGAAAAGAUUGUAACAUAUCGUGUACAUGUCUGCAUGUCUGUGUAAAUAUUGUCCAUCCCCUUUAGGCGGCCAUGAAGCUGCAGAAAGGAAAGCGCGGUCCUCUGCGCAUCUGGAGACUUAGGUUCUUGGAUGAUUAUUGAAAUGUUCUUUGACAUGGCGUUUCGUAUCUGUAAUGGACAUUCGCAAAAAUAUAGAUUUAACGAUAGGAGCAUAAAAAUACAAGCAAAAAAGCAUUAUUAUAGCAUAAUAAUGCUAUUGUGAACUUGAAUAUUUGAGCUCCUACAAAUUCAAGAAUUAAAAGAUUUACAAUAUUUAUGGAUUUAACGCAGAAAUCUAGGAAUCUUGUAAAUGUAAAAAUUAAGAAUAAAUUGUAUCUAUAGACAUACUUUAAGUAAUAUCAGUUUAAAACGUUAUUUAUUACAAUAAUACAAACUUCAAAAGAAGAAAUAUCUAAGAAAAGAAUUUUGUGGAUGC